UCUAUGCAGCUAAAAUAAGUUUGAGAAAACUCUGGAGGAACAAACAUAAAUUUAUCAAACAUCCGAGUUAAAACAGAGAAAACUAAAACUACUGGUGUUCAUGUGAGUCUCUUUAGUUUAGUAGUCCUGUUAGGGAGCCUCCCAGGAAACCUGCACCCAUCAGACCAGGACCGGUUCUGGCACUUUCUGACAGGAAGUUGAGCAGCAGUAAGGUGUGUCUGCUCCUCACAGAGCCAUGGAGGAGGGUUUUGAGAGAGCAGCGGAGGAGGCCAAGGUCCUGAAGACCAAACCGGACUACGCAGAGAUGGCGGCUCUGUACGGACUGUACAAGCAGGCCACCGUAGGAGACGUCAACAUCGCUCGUCCCGGGAUGUUUGACUUCAAAGGCCAAGGAAAGUGGGACGCGUGGAACGCCAGGAAAGGUCUGUCUAAAGCUGAAGCCAUGAGAGAGUACGUGGAGCUGGUGGACAAGCUGAAGAACAAAAGCUGACGCUGGAGAAACCACAGAAAUGUUCAAGAGAAAUCAGAAGACUGGACCGGCUGCUACCUCUGAAUCUCAUCACUAAGGCCGGGGUCAGGGUCAGGGUCAGGGUCAGGGUCAGGGUCAGGG